UCUCGUGCAGGUCUACAAGCCCAUCCCUGAGGAGAGCUCCUUAGUCUUGCACACGGUGGAGGAGUUUAAAUGUAAUAGACCAGGGGUGCUCACACUUUUUCAACCUGAGAGCGACUUUUAAAAUGACCAAGUCCAUAUCAUGUAAAGAAAAUCUAACUGGUAAACUUUCAAAUACUAUCUAAAUAUGAAUGAUUAGUAUUUCACAUUCACAUUUUCAAAGUUUACAGGUAAGCAAAGUAACUGAUAUCAUAAUUAUAUUCAAUAUGGCAAUAAAGAUAAUUACACAUAAUUCCUAAAUAGUUGUGUACAUAGCCUGAGUACUGCUAAUAUGUCAGUCAAAAUAGCUACCUAACGUUCAUUAGGAGACACAGUUCGUAUUACAUCCAGUUAGCAUUUGCUAUCAAACAUUACCGAUAUACAAUAAUUGAAAAUGUUUAUGCAAAAGACAAUGCAACUGAAGUCAAGGCAACAUAUUGAAAAGGUUUCAGCAAUGGGCCCAUUUUCCAUUUCGUCAUGAAAUAAUAGUUUAAGAAGCGGAUGUGUAUUACUGAUUUCUGUAGUGGAGUUCAUGAUUCCAAAGCAAAGCUAUCAAACAAUACACUUUUUUUCUACAUAACUAGCCGCUACAAGUGAACACAUAACUUUUGUUAUAGAUAUAAGAAUCUUACCGCUGAGUUAGUUUGUCCGUAAUCAGAAUAAUAAAGAUGAAAGUCGCAUGUCCGUGUGAAGCUUGAAAAGCCACGGGGGGAGGCAAGAGCGAAUCAGGACAAACGUGACGUUUACGCAAUUGACCCAAACUCAACGUAAUGGGCACCCCUGUAAUAGACUGUUUCCGUGACAGGUGUCUCUCUUUUAGCCAUCUAAAGAAUUGAGAUGGGCAGUACUUUCUUAAAGGGACAGGACUCAUUUGUGUUCUUCAUGGACACGCAACCGGUCUGUGGGGGUCAGAAUGUUUGCUGCUUGCUCGGGGAUCAAAUCCAAAUGAAUUUAUAAUCUUUAUUUCAUUUUUUUUUUUUUUACAUAAUAAAAUCAUGCAUGUGUGAUGUUUCCUAUCUCGGCUGUCACUUGAUGAGGGUUUUGUUGGCCAAGCAUUUCUUUGUCUGCAUGGAGAUGACUGUCAUUGUUGUCAUGUUACGGCGCUUGAUUGUGUUUCUUUUGACCCUAAAAGCAAUUAAAGUGUGUUUGUGUGUGUGUGUGUGUGAGAAUAUGUUGCUGUGUACUCUAUUAGUUAGUGUUGACAGCUCAUGAUUGAUCUUCUCAUCUCUUCACCCUCCAUCACCCUGUACUGCUGUGUGUCUUUGUGUGCACAUUGCAUCACUUCUCAGUGGUGCCCUCCUGUGUUCCAAUGUAGUAAGAUGUGUCCUCCAAUGCUCGGGCUCUCCAGUUGGUAGCUAACGCUCCUUCUUUUGAGCCGUAACAGAGGCGGGACGCACACAGUUAUGGCAAUGUCCCACAUGAAAGGAAUAGAUGAAUCAAUGCGGGAUUACUGUUUGUGAUGUGCUAAUUUUGUGUGUUAAAGAGCCUAGCGAUGCUAACAAACAUUGUUGUGGUUGUGCCCGCUCCUCGCGUCUGUGUCGGGGGUGGGGGGGCCAUAAAGGUCGAGAAUUACACUCCCCACCACCAGCCUUCCAUCGUGGUCGUUAUGGCAACAGAAGCACGGGGCAGGGCCGCCGGGCGAUAAGGGAAGCUUUACGGCGUCACCUGCGGCAGGUUUCACCUUCCAGUGUUUUAUUGAGCUCACCUUGGCGGAGGCCUCGCGGGGUCCCGGUACGACCUUGCUGGGCGGACAUGGCCAAUAACUCACGGCAAGGCUCUGAGGACGCCGCCAUCGUUUUCCUGAAAUGCCACUGGGGCCGCUUUCAAGCUGCCCCAAAAAGUUUGAGAAGCCAACGAGGACGUUAUCUGCUAAGGAGGAACUCCCGCGCUUUCUCUCUGUUUUCCCUCAAUGGCAUCCAUGUUGAUCCCCCCCCUUCCUCGCUUGCCUUAUCGCAGCUGUCGGGCCUUGAUGACGCGCACAUCCACGUGCACGUUAAUUAAUACACAGAUUUAAAGGGCGAUGGCUGCGUGUUGGAGUGAUAUCUCGUUCAAAGUCUUUUAUUGCUUCAUUAAUGUUGGAAUGAAUAUGAUUUAACACGUCUGCUGGCUUAUUAAUUAGAACGCUAAUUAAGCUAGCACUACUGCUUUGGCCUCAGAGCGUGCAUGUGACACCAUGUGUACACAUGCUAAUUUGAUUGGCAGAUAUGAUGGAUUAUAGCGUCUUACGAUAGCGACACUGAAACUCCUCUUCAAAGCGUCCUCUCUCAGUCUCUAAUUCCAUCUGGCGCUCAGAUCAAUAAAAGUUUUCCAAGUCUAAUUUGUGGACGUCUUCCACUCUUAUCGUGCCGCUUCCUCGCUGAACCCCGCUGGAGGUUGGGGGCCGCACCGGGGAGGGCCGAAGGGUAUUUAUUGCCGUCUCAUGCUGACUUUUAGGACUCUUCAAACAAAGACAGUCCAGAUUAACUUUAAUCAAGCCUCGUUACGCAGGGCUACCAAAAUAACACUGAUGAUGUUGUACCCACAUUGCAGCCUCCUGAUUGGUCAACAAAUGGCAUGUGACUUCCCAAUACAACAUCAUUCCCCUCAUCCGUCCUUCCCCAGUGACUAUCGAUUGUGCAUGCUAGUUGGACCCGUGCGACCCAAACCUAGCUCAGCGGGACGUGGUGACAGCUGGCUGCCACUAGGGGGCUGUCACAGUGAUGGAUGGCACUGAUUAGACGUGAAUAAUGAAAUAAACGUGUUCAAACGUCCUCUUGAGCUCCUUAGUGGUGACCCUCCAUGGUGCUUCUGCACAAAUAGGAACACUGGCGCGAUGUAUCGCAUUCAAAACACCCCAAAUAGUGAGUGUGCAGCGAUGGACACAUACAGCACGACCCUCGAUCACCAUCUUGGCUAUGUAGCGGAAGGGGAGGGACUAACUUGAGUGGUUGCAAUUCGUAAUUAAAAAGGAGAGAAGAUUAUGAACAGGAAGCGGGUAAAUAUUGUGAUUGUCCUUUUUCGCAAGUGCCUGCACUACACUGUCAAUUUUCGCACACUCACAAAUGAUGUACACACAUUAUGCACUUAUUAAAGUGCAAGUGUAAAAGUGUAUGAAUUGAAACACAGCCUUGAUCUUCUAGCUAGCCUUGUUAGUUGACUUCAAAGACAAACUAGAAAAGCACUCAGAGAGCACAGACCUCCGCCAACCGCCAUAGUUCCCCCCAUAUUGUGAUUUACACCAUAUAUAUUAGUCCUACAUUUAUUUUGUCUACAUAUUUAGAUUAUUUGACCAUGAAAACAGCAAUUGGAUUCAUAAUGAGAUCAAUAUUAGUUCAGUUGUUAUUCACAAAAGUCACAUUUUGCGUAAUGGCAGUUUUUUUCUGGAUCUAGCCCCAUAGCUUUUGAAGAUACAACAAAUCCGUUGGCACACUCCAGAUUCCACAGUUCCUUGGCUAUAUUACAUGGUGUUUGUUGCAUCUUUACUGUAUAGCUUCAUUUGUUGUCUUCCUAUGAAGAAAAUUCCAAAGGUCCCCUAUUUUUUCAUAUUGUGGAUCAUAGUAUCCGGAAUGAUACUGUUAUCUGGAUCAGUCUUUGAUAUUUUGUAGAACCUGUUUGAAACUGGUCUGACCUCCCUGAGGGGUUCUGAGCUCAGCCAGGAGAGUUUUUGGGAUCCUUCAUCUUGCCAUUCCUUAAUCAUUCCAUCCUGACGCGCUCCUCCUCCAAGUGUCUUUUUUCUGGAUGAGCAGCUUUUAUGUAGCGGCUGAUGAAGAGGAGGAGGAUGAAGGGCAAAGCGAGAAGGAGAGGUGGAGGACGGAGCGGAUGGAACCAUCACGAGGAGCGUGAUGGCAGUCAUAUUGUCCUCGUACAUCAAAUGAACGCAUUUGUGACGACGGAAGGCAGCCGGAAGGUUCCUGAAGCGUCUCUUUGAAAUGAAUGAACGUAUCCAGACAGAUGUUGUAAAUGAUGCUAACAUACUAGCAUGUUAUGCUCAAGUACUUCUGUCACUUCUGGCUUGAAUGGCACCCUGGGCGUACCGACGCUGUGGCAAUUGCCCACAUGGCCCAUCGCUUGAGCCGCCGCUGAGUAUAGUGUACAGUGUGCACUUAGUUUCUGAGUGUGUGAAUUUUGACAGUUGUGCUCCACUUUGUUUUAUCAUUACUGUGCAGUGUAUGAUGCUCGAAUAACAUUUGUGUUCUUAUUCAUGAUGACAAUGACAAUAAAGUGAAGAAUUGCAUUGACAAGACUCAGUGGAAGUAAAGAAGCGUGCCAACUGAGACAACAAUUGUUAGUGUUCGUAUGCUAGCGUUUAGCCACUAUACGUUGUCAUUGUUGUGAGUAAUAUAUUACAGUUAGAGCAGGUUGUUGUGGUUAGAUGAUUAUUAAAGCGACAUCACUGUCAUGGCUGGGGGUGCCGGGGAUGAUCACACACACACACACACACGCAUGUUAAUGAAGGCUGGAGGCUGUGUGAGAGCAAGAUGGAUGGUUUGACUUGAAGCUUGUUUAAAUAAAAGCUAAAUAAAUCUUGAUGGCCUCUAGUGACAGCUGUGUGUGUGUGUGUGUGUGUGCCAUGUGUUAAUAUUAACACAAUGAAGACCUGAAUGGUUGAGGCCUUUAGAACCUUCUUAGAAACUGCCGUGGGUUGAAGAGUCAUUUUGAUGGCAAGUUUUUCUACUUUUUGUCCUCUCGUCUCCUCUUGCUGCAAGUCUUUGUUGGUGGUCCUGAGGGACAAACUCGUCUCUGUCGUCGUCCCCUCUGUGAGGUGGUGCAGUCUCUCUUGGUCCUGGUUUCAUUGAGCGAGCGUCUCAGUGUAAUGGGAUUACACAGGAUUACAAAAAGCAGGCAGUCUGUAAUCCACACGGCACAAUCCCAUUGACGUGUAAUUGCUUCUUUUAAUCUGUCUUCCGCUGCCUCCUAAACUUUGCUUUCUUUCUAACCUUCAGCAGGGUCAGAGGUCAGGGCUAUUCACUUGUGGCCACCAGAGGUGCAGUGGGCCUUGUGCACCAGCAGUGAAAUAAACCGGUAGAAAAAGUCAUGAAUGUUCAAAUUCAAACUUUUGAAGCAUAAAGUUGCUAAAAGUUAGGCUUUCGGUCAAAAUCCAGCCCUCCUUCUCUAAUGACCAAUCACAGCGGCCAGGCGGCACACUCUCUCCUCUGAUUGGUGUAUCUCAAUGUUGGGGGCGGGGCCAGGACUCGGACAGACCUGGAGUGUGUUCAAGUGGAUUUUACGCACAGACAGGACAGUGGACUCUGUGGGGACGACGGUGGACUGUAAGGAGGACAACAACGUGGACUGAAGGACAACGCGUAAAAAUUGGACAAAGAAGCGUUUCCCCCCCACGUAGCAAAGUGCGCGCAGAAGAGCGUCCAUCCCUUCAUGUCGCUGCCUGGCUCCCCCUCACUCCUCCCGGCGGGCUCGGGCGCCCCCGCUCCGGCCACGUUGUAUCGCUCGGCUCCUGCGGAGGCCAGCGGGACCUCCAGUCCGGCUCACGGUAACCCCCACUCGCUGUCCCCGCGGCUCAGCGGCACCAUGCUCGGCGGCUUCUUGCCCGCACAGGGAGGCGCGCUGGUCGGCUUGGGCAACGGCGCGGCCGGCCCGCUGGUGUCCGCGCUGGGAUCGCUGACCUCCGGCGCGCCCGCAUUGACUCAGAGCUCCUCCGGCGAGUGCAAGCUGGUGGAGGUGCACGGCGUCAAGGUGGCCAGCUUCAGCGUGCACGGCCAGGAGGAGCUCAUCUGCCUGCCGCAGGUGUUCGACCUCUUCCUCAAGCACCUGGUGGGCGGCCUGCACACAGUCUACACUAAACUCAAGAGACUCGACAUCACGCCGGUGGUCUGCACCGUGGAGCAGGUGCGCGUGCUGCGGGGACUCGGCGCCAUCCAGCCCGGCGUCAACCGAUGCAAGCUUAUCUCCAGGAAGGACUUCGAGACACUCUACCAGGACUGCACCAGCGCCAGCUCUCGUCCGGGACGUCCUCCCAAGCGUUGUUCUUCCGGCGCCGGGAUCCAGGAAAGCCCCAGGCUGCUUCACCCAGGCCUUCCCGGCCUGCUGUCCCCCAACCUGCUGUCCCACACCGGCCUGACAGCAGCUGCCAUGGCCGAACUCCAGAAGCUGCAGAAGAUGAAGAUGAUGAUGAGUCUCCAGAACGGAAACGAGUCGGACAAUGAUGACUUGCACUCCAAUGCAGGAGGAAGUGAGUGUUCCUGGGACAAGGAGCGCCUCAGCAGCCCCUUGGCCGGAGCACACUGUGGGGGCCCCGGAGGAGGUGGUGGAGCCACCACCCCGGCAGGUACGGCAGGAGGCGGCGGGCGGGGCCCUACUUUGGGAGCUGUCAAUCAACAGCAACUCCAGCAGCAGCAGCAGCAGCUACUUGCUAAUAGGCUGGACCUGCCCUUCAUGAUGAUGCCCCACCCGCUGCUGCCCAUGGGUUUGCCGCCCGCCUCCGUAGCCAUGGCGAUGUCACAGAUGAACCACCUCAGCACCAUCGCCAACAUGGCCGCUGCAGCUCAACAGAUACACGUUCACCGGGCGCCUGUCAUCAAGGAGCGUGUGUGUGACAGCCCCUCUCUGUCGCCAUCCGUUGACGACACCAACACACCCCUGCAGUCGCAACCCAGUAGCUCCGCCUCCAGCUCGCCAGAAAGACCCGGCCUGCUCUCGGUUGAUGCAGAUGUUGCACUGGCCAACCCUGCAACACCCAUCAAGAAAAUAACAAAGGACAAAGAAGAAGAACCUUCGCUUGGACAAGCCCUGCCCCCUGGUUUCCCUGCCCCAUUCCUAUUCGCCGACAGCCUGUCUUCCGUGGAGACACUCCUCACCAACAUACAGGGCCUCCUGAAGGUGGCAGUAGACAACGCCCGCGUGCAGGACAAGCAGAUCCAGGCGGAGAAGAGGGAGCUGAAGAUGGAGCUCUACCGGGAACGAGAGAUGAGGGAGAGUCUGGAGCGGCAGCUGACCUCCGAACUGCAGAGCAGAGCCUCCAUCCAGAAACGUCUGAAGAAAGAGAAGAAGGCCAAAAGGAAGCUGCAGGAGGCGCUGGAGUUCGAGUCCAAGAGGAGGGAGAGGGGGGAGGACACCCUGAAACACUCAUCCUCGUCCUCUCCCGAGCCGCUGCAUGCCGCCAACAACGCUGCUGAUGCUGCAGCCCAGCAGCAAGACGAAAUCAAUGGAAGCCAGCAGGACGAUGGAGAUAUGCAAGAAUCUCGAGCUUUCCUGAAGACCACCAUCAUGUUCUAGAGAGGCGGAGCUUACCACCUGAGGCCCCGCCACUACUUUUCACCCCAUCCCGGCCCCCCAUCUCUAUUUGUUGCUCUUUUGUUCCAAAAAAAGCUUCCUUCAGUCUAAGAGUUCAUUCCCAUGCAAAGCAUAGUGGGAAGGCUGGACCAAACAUGACUGCCUCACAAGUUCAAAGAACACCUGAGUCCACCUCAGACUGGACCGGAAUUGUCAUAUCGGACUCGAAGGAGACGACUUUUGGGACGGGCUCAAAAAAACGGCUUUCACCUCCUCCUGGCUGUAAGGAGGUCCUGGGACUGAAGUGUUUUCUAUCACCUUGAAGAACUAAAAAAAAACAUGUAUAAAAAACCCCCACACAAACCCUUUUUUAUGACAUCAUUUCUAUAAUGUUGUAUCCUCAACCUUUCACCUGCUUUGACCAGGAAGUGACUUGAGUAGCACAUCCUUCACCCUCCUCCGUGUUCAUGAGGGCAGCAGGUGAGCAAAUCAAGUGCUCCUCUCAAACUCUGUCAGGUGAGAUGGGAGGGGCUUGAUGGAGGCGGGGCUAAAAGAUUAUUGUGUGUAGAUAGAAGUGACCACUCACUGGUUUUGGUUUCUUUGCUUCUUUUCCCCUCAGUGUGUCACUGUUGUGUGGCUGUGGUCAACUGCAAAUAUACAGUAUUACAACCUGGCCUCCUUGUAAGCUUCACUGUCACAUGGUGCUCCUUCAAACACACGCACACACAGGCUACGUUGCGUUUAGCUUGUAUAUUCACUCUGUGUUAGCGGCUCAAUAAGGUGACGCCUUCCUGUCUCCUUGCAUCCUCGUCUCCUUCCCUCUGUCACACCUUUGAUGUCCAUCUCUCCGUCUCCAUCUUCCCCAAAAUAGCUGAUGUCACUUUUUCCAUUUCCCCCUAAUGGAGGCACAAACACUGAGCGAUGGACGCGAGGAGGACGGACGGGACAUGAUGGAGGGAUGAAAAGUGGACGGCGUGAAGGAUAUUUUCCCUGUGGAGCAAACAUCAUCCCAGAUGACACUUUAACAACUUUUGGGGCCUUCAGGCUCAAUUCUCAUUCAAGUCGAGGAGCAACAUUGUGGUGAGUUUUUCAUGCAGCAAACAUACACAU